AUGGUGGACAUCGCCCGCCGAUCCCGCGACACAUGGCGGCCCCGCCUGCCCAUCCCGCGACACAUGGCAGGCCCCGCCUGCCAGACCCGGGAAACGUGGCGAGCCCGCCCAUCCCGCGACACGUGGCGGCCCCGCCUGCCCAUCCCGCGACACAUGGCAGGCCCCGCCUGCCAGACCCGGGAAACGUGGCGAGCCCGCCCAUCCCGCGACACGUGGCAGGCCUCGACUGCCCGUUCCCGGAACGUGGCGGGCCUCGCCCGCCCAUCCCACAACGCUUGUGGCAGUCCUCACCCCCGCCCGUCCCAGGACAUGUGGCAGGCAUUCGCCCCCGCCCGUCCCGUGACACGUGGCGGGCCUCAUUUUGCCCAUCCCGUGAAAACGGGUUGCAGACACUCGCCCUCCCGUCCCGGGACUCGUGGCAGCCCUGCCCGCCAACACCGGAACAUGUGGCGGGCCUCGCCCGCCCGUCCAGGACACGUGGCAGGCCUCAUCCCGCCCAUCCCGGGACACGUGUCGGGCCUUGCCCACUCAUCCCCGGACGCGUGGCGGCCACCGCCCACCUGUCCCGGGACGCGUGGCGGCCACCGCCCGCCUGUCCAGGGACUCGUGGCAGGCACCACCCACCCGUCCCAGGACACAUGGAGGGCACUGCCCGCCCGUCCUGGGACUUGUGGCAGGCACGCCCGCCCGUCCCGGGACACGUGA